CAUUUUACCAAAAUGGCCGCCAAUUUGUUAGAAAAGCGUGUGGCAAGCAAACUGCUCUUUAUCCGCCAUACAACUCUUCUUAUUCGGCGAAAAUUUUGCGCAGUUGCUGUGCAAGAAGAAAACGAAGGUCAUCAGACAGGAAUUCCGUUGAUCAUAGCUCCACACGUAAUAAGAAGGGCGUUCAUAGUGCAUCCUUCAACUAAAGAAAUCAACGCAAGUUUGAAGUACCAAUGGUUUACGAAAACAAAAUUAUAUGAGGGUCUGCCCUCUUCCCUCUCAGAUGUAGACAGGUACUUCCCGGUUGAAGAAUAUGAAGUCGUAAAAGAGCCAUUCAGGAAUUCAGUGUUGCAAAAUUAUGGAUUCCGCAAAGAAGCUACUAAUGAUCGCAAAAACGAACGGAGUCAGGGGCUUCUUAAACUUGGUGUUAUGCAAGAUUUGUUGAGAUUUGGCUGGUCAUUUGCUGAUCGUUACCCUCAUUUGAAUGACUGCUUCCUCGACUUUGAACCCAAAAUAAAGAUUCAUUGGGUGAGGCAUCAUAACUUUUACCAGUUGGAGCAUAAAAGACCAAAACCAGCUUACAUAAUCCGAGCAAAGGAACCGGCACCUUUAUUUGAACCAGGUAUGAUAGUUUAUUGUCCUUCUUUAAGUAUCACUAUUUUUGCUUUCCUGCCUAUCCCUCUUAAACCCUUAUCCAACACCCUAAGGCUUUCCUUUUUCUAACUACUUGUUUUUCUUCCCUGGAAAUUACCCAUUGUUUUGCCUAUGCAUGAUUUUGCUAACGACCCAUUCGCUCAUGUCUCAAGUCAUUCCACUUAUGCAUCAGUCAAUUCGAGCUGUGCCUCUGGCUCGCCAGAGGCAGAGGCACAGCCCCCCAGCCCCCCUCCACCCCCAAUCCGGCUAAUCCCAGGGCAUUACCAUUUUAGCUGCACAGCUAAACGAAAUGAGUUCCACACAUAUUCCUUGUUCCUUUAGCCAUGACAAGAAAAAGUUUGGUACACAUGUGCAUAGCUCUUUCUCUAAACCAUUGAUCAGGAGAAAACAUUUCGAGAACUGACCUAACAUGUUGGCAAAAUGACUAAAGACGUUAGCAAACAGGGCAUUUUUGAGACAAUUGUAAAUCCCUCCUUCAAUGGGGAAGAAUUUUCUUUCCCCCCAAAGUCUUGGGGUAGGGUUGAAACUUACGAAGCAUUUUAGCUAGUGUGCAAAUUCAAUGGAAGUUAACUGUAAGCCCAGUCAAUCCAAGCAUAGUGAUGGCCCUUCCCAGCAUCUGCCAGUCACUUGUGAUCUUCUCUUUAAGUCAGUUAUUUGGAGGUCAGGAGGAGCAAAAGGAAAAGCAAGUGUGAGAUAAAACACUCAUCCCCACUGACUGAUAGACUGAAACAAGCAAAUAUGUAAUUGCCUACUGGGAAAUAGAAUUCUUACAGUGCCCCAAAAGAUAUUGAACCUGUGACUUCCCAAGUGAUAUGCCAAUCCUCCAAUCACUCAUCUGCCAUACUGUAGGUUCCUUAUUGAUGGCUGUGGCAUUUCUCUUCCCCCUGAGUUCCAUUGAUGUGAGAGAAUUCUUCUUUAAAUUAUUCCUUAUCCAACUUACUUACUUGACAAGGUUUUAUAUCAAGUUUUGUUUUAUUAUCUCUGUACUAACAGAUAUUGAAAGAACAUGUCUGGAGGACCUGCCUGGACCCUUUGAUAACUAUAGUCUUGGUGUGUACCGUCAUCCCAUUGUUCAUCUACAGAACAACCCAGGGUUCCAAAACACUGCCUUGAACAAGUACCCUUACAAUCACAUGUUGUUUUUGACAAACACUUUUAACUUGACUUAUGAACAGCAACAAGCUUUUGGAAUAAUGAGUAUGUUCAGCUCACUGGUUUCCUUGGCGAUGAAUGAUGGCGUCCAGAUGGGUCAACACCUGGAGAAACCACUCGUCACAAAGUGUGCGAUUACUGAUGGAAUUCAGUUCACAUUCAUGUGUUAUCAACUGAACACACUCUCCCUUCAAGAGGAUAGUGGAAUCAAAAACUGUGCAUGGUCUUCGCCAAGCAUGACACUUUUUACUAAGCAGGAGAAAACAGCUGCUCGAUUGUGGUCUGUUUUAUAUGAGAGUCUUGGAAGGACUGAUGAAGUUGCUGGAAUUAAUGAUGAAUGUUUCAAGACAUUCUUGGCAUUCCUCUGCCAAAAUUAACCCAAACUAAGUAAACUUUGAAUUGGAUUCUUGCAGUCAAAAUUGUUCACUAAAAUACCACAGUCCCGACAAUGCCAGUAAAUUAUCAGAACUAACUUGUGGUGAAUUUUCUAUAGUAAAACCCUGUUAACUUGAACAGC